AUGUCACGCUGCAUCGUCGUCGUUGCCAUGGUUACAGAGGAGGACGACGCGCGGCUGGUCGGACCGAACGCGCCGCAGAUUCUCCGCAGCCUCCCGCCGCGAACGGGGCUUCGCGCUCCGCCGAUGGAAGCCUACAUCCGCGACGUCAUCGUCGACCUUCUCAACGCCCUCGUCGUCAAGGUCGAGCGGCCGCAGCCUGAAGCAGCUUCGAAGGAGCAGGAGAAGAAGAAAGACAGCUCCAGCAAGUUUGUCAUUGCGUCGGCUCCCUCCAGGGUGCAGCACCAGCAGGCGGUGCCCGGCGUUUUCAGCGUCUCUACGGAGGAAGAUGACACGCAGGAGACGCCCGCAGCUCCGGGAAGGAGAAGGCUCGCGGCGGGAAGGACGGCGCGGCGGCGCGCCGCGCCUGCCAAGGCCGAGGACGCCGCGAAGAAGACGCGCCCGCUGCUUCGAAGUCGCCAUCUGCCGCAUGCUGGUGAGCUUGUUUAA